CGCACACACUGCUGACUGCUGAGUCGCAGUGCUGCAGGCUUUCCAAUACACACAUCGCACGUCCCAUCGGGGCGCACGUGCGCCAGCCUAAACAAGCACAGAGCCAUAGAGCUGCAGGCCGACAAGGAUGAUAAUAGCGAGCCGUGCUGGAGCGCGAGGCUGCCGCCGCCGCCGCCGCCGCUGCCGCCGCUGCCACCGCUGCCGCCCGAGAGGCAGUUAGGUAGUUGGCGGUUCGGUUAUCAGUCGGGCUUCGCUCGUCUGCUCGGUGAGUCCUGCCCGGUGCCCGGUGGCCCUCAGGCCCCGCCAAUCCUAUGCACGAGUGCGAGAGUAAUGAUCGCGCGCGCCUGUUAUCUGGCUCUUCUUCAAGGACGCAGAAAUGGCUUCCUGCUCCAGCUCGGAGCCCGACUGGUCUACAGCCAGGAAAGGAAUCUCCCUGCUGCUGAACAAUAAAACGGAGGAGGCCGAGAGCCUCUUCACUCGACACCCCCGCAGCUUUCACGUCAAGGCCGGCCGCAGCUUCGUCCUCUUCAUGAACGCGCUCAUGACGUUCGAGGACGACAAGCUGCAGCAGGCCGUGCAGCUCCUGAGGGACGUGGAGCGCGAGUCUGCCAGCGACAUCGGCUGGCUCAAGUCCAUGAGGACGAGAGUCUUUGGAGCCGACAGCUCUGCAGCAGACCAGCAGAACGACUACGUGAGAAAGCUCGAGCGCCAGGUGGUGCUGGCCGACUCGCAGGUCUGCGCGGCGCUGCUGACGCUGCUGCAGCAGGAGCUCACCGGCUACGUCAGGGGCGGCUGGAUGCUGCGCAAGGCCUGGAGGGUCUAUCAGCACACCUACGAGCAAAUACUUGAGCUCUAUCGGCGCACCUUCGGCCACGGUCCUUCCGGUUUCCACUCGAUCUGCGGCUCAGCAUCAGCCGGCGCCGCCAGAGAGGGCAGCACCGCGGCCUGGUCCCCUCAGCCUCGGAGCCCAGCCAGUCCGUCCUCGCCGGACUGGUCGAUACCCUCCUGCAGCGCCUCCGCGGCCGCCUCGCCGUCAGGUCUGCGCAGCUCUCUAUCGAUGCUCUUCUCGCUCGCCGGAAUCACGUCCGAGCGACAGACAGCCUUCGUCGAGCCGUCCGAAGUUAGCAGGCUGAUGUCGGCCGUCAGCUUCGGCUAUGGAAUUUUUCAACUCUGCGUCAGUCUUCUGCCGCCUUCCCUCCUGAAAGUCAUCCAUCUACUGGGCUUCGAGGGCGACAGGAAGGCUGGCCUCGCGGCCCUCAUGUAUUCGCGGCUGAGCGAGGACAUGCGAGCGCCCCUUGCCACUUUAGCACUGCUCUGGUAUCACACGAUCGUCAGGCCGUUUUUCGCACUCGACGGCUCCAACGUCAAAGCCGGCGUCGAAGCCGCCAAGGAGCUUAUCGCGGAAUGUCAGCCCGAAUUCGAGAACUCGGCCUUGUUUCUAUUUUUCACCGGCAGAAUAGAGCGCCUGCAGUCGAACGUGAACGGUGCCCUGCGCGCGUACGAGAAGGCCGUGGAGGUGUCGGCGCAGAGGGAAGUGAAGCUGCUCUGCCUGCACGAAGUUGCCUGGUGUCACCUGAUUCGCCUCAAUUACGGAGGCGCGCACAGCUCCUUGAGCAAACUGCAAGAGGAGUCCCGCUGGUCCAAGAGCUUUUACGCCUACCUCGCCGCCGUAUGUUCCGGAGCAGAGGGCGACUUGGAGACUCUGCUGCCGAGCUGCGAAAAGCUCGGCCAGCUCGUGGCCGGGACGACGCGGGAAACGCAGCUCGGCCUCUUCAUUUCGCGGCGAGCGCCGAAACUCGUCGACCGAGAAACCGGACGCGCCCGCUCGGCAUCCUACUACAAGCUUCUUGUCUACGAGCUGCUUUAUCUCUGGAACGCGCUGCCCUCCUGCUCGACGGAGUCGCUUCGCAGCAUUCUCGCGGAGUGCAAAGCUAGCCAUUCCGAGGAGCCGAUGGACGGCCUGUCGGACCUGCUUGAAGGGGCAGCCUACUCCCAGCUCGGAGACCGAGAGGCCUCCACGAGGUGCUAUCGCAACUGCUUGAAGCGACGGCCAGCCUCGAAGGACUCGUUGGAUCAGCACGUCAGCGCGUUCGCGCUCUACGAACUCGGCAGGGCGCUUUGCAGCGGGAGCAGCAUCGAAGAGGGCAGGUGCAUAUUGCAGAGGGCACAGUCGCAGUACAAGGAGUACGACUUCGAGAGUCGCCUAAACGUCCGAAUUCACGCGGCGCUCAAGAAAGUAUCACUGCCGGGGGCGAAGGACAGGAUGAACUAUGAGAGUGCUUAUAGUUUUAAUGUAGGAAAUUGCCCUGCACAAUUGAAGCACUGCCGGAAGCCGGCCUGGUACUGCAAAUUCAUCAAACCUUUCUUCUCUUUCGUCGUGUCAGUCAUGCUGGCAUUAUCUAUGUCUCAUCUUUGUGAAAAGUAUUCAUCCGAUAAUUCUUUUCGAACGAUCAAGUCCGAUUUGAGUACGCUGAGGAGUACCGUGAGCUUGCUUUCGAAUGAAGUCAGAACGUUAAUGGAAACGAAGGACGAAUUCAAAAGUAAAUUAAAAGAAGUUGUCUGCGUAAUGCCCAAGUUAUCCGAUGCCAUUCAUCACCUGAGAACCGAAGUUUCCGAAGGGAUCGACACGCAUACGCAAAAAUUAUUGGACGCAUUAUCUCCCGAUAAUGUCAAGAAAAUGGUCAAGAAAGAAUUAGAAAUUUACGACGCCGAUAAGACUGGCAGAAUUGAUUUUGCCCUCGAGUCUGCAGGUGGUCUAAUUCUUUCGACAAGGGAUACUGAAACUUACCCUGCAUGUGGACAGACCAUGAAAUUAUUCGGACUGUCAGUCUGCCAUCAGGAUAAUUCGCCGCGGGCUGUAAUUCAGACGGGAGUACUACCUGGCGAGUGCUGGUCCUUCAAAGGUAGCGAAGGUGCAGUGGUGAUUCAACUGGUAGGGCAUGUGCUCAUAUCCGGUUUUAGCCUCGAACACAUAUCACCAAAGGUUUCCAUAACUGGAGAGACAAGCAACGCUCCGAGAGAUUUCUCCGUCUGGGGCCUCAAAAAUGCGGACGAUACAAAUGGAUAUUUGCUCGGCAAAUAUGCCUAUGAUAAUUCCGGACCAUCGAUUCAAUACUAUGAAGUACAAAACAAACCAACGAAGGCCUUCAGCAUAGUCGAACUUAAAAUACAUUCUAACAACGGUAAUCAGAUCUGUACCUGUGUUUAUAGGAUACGGGUUCACGGAACUUUGAGAUCGCAUGAACUUGAUUACGUAAAUGUUCGAUAAAAAGAAAAAGAAAAAGUAGCCUUAAGUGCUUUUCAGAACUAAUUUUAUAAAAAAUCAUACACUAGUCAAAGAAUUUUCCAUUUUUCUUUAAAGAAAUCUAGGUUAUGUUAUAUUCCUUUUGUUUAUUUUAUACAAGGUUUAUUUGUGAAGCUUUGAUUUAUAGGGUUAAUAAAUGAUUUGCGCGAAGCAAAUAUUGCAGCGAAUGAAAUUAAUUAUGAAACCCGGAACAUAGGUCAAGAAUAAAGCAAGGAAUAAUUAAC